AUGGCGGCGACCAAUCAAAAAUGGUUUCCACCAACUGGAGACUCUUCAAACCAAGAUUUGCAUAUUGUUUUGAUCGGGAAAACCGGGGCAGGCAAAAGUGCAACAGGAAACACGUUGAUUGGUGAGAACAUUCUAGAAUCAAGAGGUGGCUACGAGGGUGUAACUAGGAAUUGUUUGGUUAAGGAGUUUAAAAGAUUUGGUACAAAACUUGUACUAGUCGACACUCCAGGAUUUUGCGACAUAAAAUCUCCAAAAGAAUGGCUAGCGGAGCAGUUAGUAUCAUGUACCUGUCUGGCUUACCCUGGAGUUCAUAUUUUCCUUCUUGUGCUGAAGGUUGGAGAAAGAUACAGUCCGGAAGACCAGAAUGCGCUUGAAUCGAUCAAAGAAAUGUUUGGUGAAAAUUUUGUAAAGCACACGAUUGUUGUCUUUACAUGCAAAGAUACCCUCGAAGCAGAUGGACUUGAUUUCCAAUCAGAGAAGUUGAAGCUUCCAAACGGCAUGCAAGAAAUUAUUAAGUCGUGUAAGGGGGGCAAUAUUGUUAUUUCAAACAGGGCAACAGCUGAUGUUAGGGAACAGGAAGCCGAACGGAUUAUUUUCCAGAUGAAAAAAGUUGUUCAACAAAACGGGGGAGGGAGCAAAUACUACAGAACUGCAUUGUUCGAUAAAAUCGCAGAAGAAAUCGAAAAAAGGAUCAACCAAAUUAUGAAGGGGAAUGCUAAAAUCGAAAAGAAAAUCAAACUUCUCCAAAACGAAAUGGACCUCUUAACGAGAGAAGAUCAACAUGAGCAACGUCGAAAACUUGAGAAAGAUAUCGAAGCUCUGAAGAAGGAUAUUGUUGGCAAGGGUCCUGCUCAAGCAGAGGCCGUUCAGGAGACGAGAACACAAAUGCUUAAACGCGUAGCAGGUUAUGCUGCACCCGUGUGUAUCGCUGGGAUUAUUACUAUUUGCAGAUUAUUGAAGUAG